AUGGCCACCACUGAGCGUGCUCCCCUCCGCCUGGGCUCUGUUGCCCCUAACUUUGAUGCUGAGACCUCCACCGGUCCCAUCAACUUCCACGAGUUCAUUGGCAACAACUGGGUCGUCCUUUUCUCCCACCCGGAUGACUUUACUCCCAUUUGCACCACCGAGCUCGGUGCUUUCGCCAAGCUCGAGCCCGAGUUCAACGCCAUUGGUGUCAAGCUCAUCGGUCUGAGCGCCAACAACGUCGACUCUCACCACAAGUGGAUCAAGGACAUUGACGAGAUCAGCGGCUCCAACCUCAAGUUCCCCAUCAUCUCGGACCCUGAGCGCAAGAUUGCCUACCUGUACGACAUGGUUGACUACCAAGACACCACCAACGUCGACCAGAAGGGCCUCCCUCUCACCAUCCGCACCGUCUUCGUCAUCGACCCCAGCAAGAAGAUCCGUCUGACCUUGGCCUACCCUGCCUCGACCGGCCGCAACACCGCCGAAGUGCUGCGUGUUGUGCAGGCCCUGCAGACCACCGACAGCAAGGGCGUCACCACCCCGAUCAACUGGCUGCCCGGUGAUGACGUCGUCAUCCCCCCUCCAGUCUCCGACGAGGCUGCCAUUGCCAAGUUUGGUGCCGAGAACAUCCGCACUGUCAAGCCUUACCUCCGCUUCACCAACGUCGGAAAAUAG